UGCAACUUUUAGACAGGUCCAAUCGUCGACAUUCUUGGUGAUGAAAUGACACGUAUCAUAUGGGAUUCGAUUAAGGAAAAACUCAUUUUGCCCUACUUAGACAUCGAAUUACAUACAUAUGAUUUGAGUAUCGAGAAUCGUGAUGCUACAGACGACAAGGUGACAGUAGAAUGCGCUGAAGCAAUCAAACGUUACAAUGUUGGUAUCAAGUGUGCCACCAUCACGCCCGAUGAAAAACGAGUAAAGGAAUUUAAACUGAAACAGAUGUGGAAAAGUCCGAACGGCACUAUCAGGAACAUCCUGGGUGGCACGGUAUUUCGCGAGGCAAUCAUCUGCAAGAACAUACCGCGUCUGGUGGUCUGCUGGAAGGAGCCAAUCAUUAUUGGCAGACACGCACAUGCCGAUCAAUACAAAGCAAUAGAUUUCGUGGUACCGGGUCCGGGUAAACUAGAAAUCACAUGGACUGGCAAUUCCGGCCAGAAGAUCCAGCACACUGUCCACGAUUUUCAAGGUCCCGGUAUCGCCCAAGCUCAAUAUAAUACUGACGAGAGCAUUUGCGCUUUUGCCCACAGCUCAUUCCAGUUCGCGCUAUCGCGCAACUAUCCACUAUACCUGUCCACGAAGAACACAAUCCUCAAGAAAUAUGAUGGUCGCUUCAAGAACAUAUUCCAGGAGAUCUACGAUAAGGAAUACAAACAGCAAUUCGAGGCGAAGAAGAUAUGGUACGAACAUCGGUUGAUCGAUGAUAUGGUAGCGUACGCCAUGAAAUCCAACGGUGGCUUUGUAUGGUCAUGUAAGAACUAUGAUGGUGAUGUACAGUCGGAUUCGGUGGCACAGGGUUAUGGUUCCUUGGGCAUGAUGACGUCGGUUCUCAUAUGUCCGGAUGGUCGCACGAUUGAAGCCGAAGCUGCCCACGGCACCGUCACCCGUCACUACCGUCAGCACCAGCAGGGCAAGGAGACAUCCACCAAUCCGAUCGCCUCUAUUUUUGCGUGGACUCGCGGCCUAUUACAUCGCGCUAAACUCGAUAACAAUCUGCGUUUGCAAUCCUUUGCCGAAACGCUAGAGAAGGUUUGCAUCGAUACCAUCGAAUCUGGUUACUUCACCAAGGACCUCGCCAUAUGCAUCAAGGGUGUGGACAACGUCACCAGAGCCGAUUACCUCGAAACAUUCGAAUUUAUGAACAAACUUGCUGAUAAUUUGAAGAAACAAUUCAACCUAUGACUCGUUGGUGACAGAGACUGUAGCCUGCGAGCCAAGUAUUAAGUCAUUGUAAUAAAAGGAAAGAAAUGUUUACGUGGUUACGGGAAAAAAUUAAAUAUCAAUGAGCAUAUAUUAUAUACAUGAUUACAUGCGUGUAAAAUUGUCGCUACAGUUAAAUCCUCUUCUGUUUCAUGCCACAUCGUACGAUAUUAUACUCGAUUUAUCUUCGAGGCAUUAAUCAGAUUAUUCAUGUUAUAAAACGUCAUAAACUGAUUGCGUUAUAUUUUUCUUGGCUAUGUAAUAGAUAUAAAAAGAAAGAAAAUGUUGAUAUUGGCUAAUGAUUGGACUAAUUAUUCAACUCAGCAAAAUAAUGGAUGCUCUAAAACUCUAAAUUAUUCUUUAUUGUAAUGGCUUUUUCAAUUUAUUGAAUUGAGCAACAGUUUUAUAAGAAAAGCAACAGAUUUAUAAACAAAAAAUUUAUAAACAUUGUAUAGAUUUUUUAAUAAAUUUUUAACCAAACAAAUUAACAUUAAGUUAUAUAAGCUAACCACACAAGUUACAUAAGACACCUUGUGAAUCAUUAGCAUAAUUUUAUCAGUGAAAUUAAAUUCUUGGAAAAUUAAAAAGUACAAACUUUUAGUAUCGAAAUUUCUCUUUUUAAAUCGUUACAUUUUCUUAACAUUACGCGAUCCGUUCAUAUUUCUAUCCGUUACAUUAUGCAUAUAAAUACUAUAUCCGGUAUUAAUAAUGUAGUAUCAGCAAUACAACAUUACAUUAGAAUUAAAAACAAAAUUACAUCGCAUGAUUAUCGCAUGGCGAAUAACAACUAAACAAGUAAAGUUUCUUAUCAGUUAUCAACUAUCGUGAUUAUUUAAUUUCGUCUCAGUGAUAUGAACAAAUGUUAUGCUAACAUUAAGAUAGGAAUCUUUAUUUUGUUGCAAUUCAAACAAAAACAAUAGAAAACAUUAUCUUCGUUAAAUAAUUUAUGAAGUUACAUAUACAUCUACUUUAGUCUUAAUGUGUAGCAAGAUGUGUCAGCAAAAUGUGUAGGAAAGAAACGAUAACGAUAAGAGACUAACCGUUUCUUAUGCAAACCGAUAUAUCGAUCUAUUCAAAUUUGUCAAAAUAAAAGGUCCUUGAACGAA